GUCGUCGGGAGAUGGAUUCACACUUAUGACUUCACGGAUCUCGCGCUGGUUCGAAACAAAAAUCAUAAGACCAUCAAGUGUUAAAUUCUGCUGCAUUUGGUUUAAAGUUUAAAAUUCUAAAUUAUAAAUUAAAAAUUAGCUUGUUGUCGAUUGUUUAUCAGCAGAUUAGUGGGUUUCGUGUUUUUGAUGUGGUAAUUUGUUUGACUUUGUAAAUAAAGUGCUGGUAGCGUGCAAUAAUGGCUCUUCUGGGAGCCCAACUGGUGAUUACACUGAUUAUGGUCAGUGUGGUUCAAAAACUGAGUCCACAUUUCUCAUUAGCCAGAUGGAUCUUAUGUUCCACUGGUUUGACACGCUACCUGCACCCAACAGACGACGAGCUGAGGAAGUUGUCGGGAGUUCCCAGGGAGAAGAGCAAACCGAAAAAAGACAAACGGAAUGGGCAUGUUGAGCAAGAAAAACCCUCAACGUUUCAUAUUCCACGUAGCUUAGACAUUCAACUGGAAACUGCUGAUAUUUCGUCUUAUGAUGUUGUACAUUUGAGAUAUUAUACCGAAUAUCAGUGGCUUGUGGAUUUCAGUCUGUACGCUUCAAUAGUAUAUAUAAUUUCAGAGGUGUAUCUGUUCUUCGUUCCGCUCAAAGAAGAACUGAACUUGAGCAUGCUGUGGUGCUUACUGGUUAUCUUCUUCGCAUUUAAACUUUUAGCAUCCCUCACACUACAAUAUUUUCGAAGUGAGGAGUCGAUUGGCGAGCGGUCAACAUGCAUAGUAACCGGGCUUAUUUACUUGCUAAUAGCAAUGGUGAUUCUCAUUGUGCCGGAAACGACACUAGAAGUAGGACUAGAUCAAGCAUACAAGAGUUUUAAUGAAAGCGCAUCAGUAUUUCUGGAGGCACAGGGGCUGAAUUCCACUGGGCCUGCGUCUAAAAUAGUUGUGAGAUUUUUCAUUGCUGUAAGCUGUGGUAUUUUAGGAGCACUGUAUACCUUCCCAGGACUUCGGAUGGCUCGGAUGCAUUGGGAUUCACUCAAGUUCUGCCAGGAUCGAAUUUGGCUCAAGUGCUUGCUGAAUCUUAGUUUCGCUAUGCCAUUUUUGCUGGUCUUAUUGUGGAUUAAACCCAUCAGUCGGGACUAUCUGACUGUUCGCGUCUUUUCUGGAAUGUCCGCCCCAAUACUCUCUCCAGAGGCCUUUGAAUCAAUCCGGUUGGCCGCAGUAAUCUUUGCCGUUCUUCUGCGGUUCGUCCUUAUGCCAGUGUAUCUUCAGGCAUACCUCAAUUUAGCUUACAGUCGCACAGAAGAACAGAAAAAGGAAGCUGGUCGUAUCACCAACGUAGAGUUACAGAAACAAAUCAGUUCUAUUUUUUACUAUCUCUGUGUAGUCACCUUACAAUAUGUUGCACCAAUUUUGAUGUGUUUGUACCUCGCGCUGAUGUACAAAACGUUAGGUGAUCAUACAUGGGCUGGCUUUUUGAAGGGUGCCACACCCCUAGAUGAAUGUUCUGCGGAUUUGGAGAAUCAUCAAACUGUUGAAUCAAAAUCGUUGACUGGAGAAGCUGAUUUGGAGGGAGAAAACAUUUUAUCCACGGCGCAGACCAUUCAGCUUUCCUUACAAAGUUUAAAAGCGGUCUUCACCAAAGACGUGUAUCGAGGAUUGUUUGGAUUUGCCACUUGGUGGAGCUGCUUCGUCUGGUUUGCAUCGACCUCACUCGGAAUGGUUUAUCAGACAUAUUUUACAAAGCUGUAAGGGAAAUCAUUUUCAUAGUGCUCAUCUAGAGAGACUACGCAUUUAAUUCGUUCAACAUUUUGAUGACACAUUAGGUUGAUUGUGAGUUGCUUUGGUUUGUAUUUGAGAAUUUCAAUAGAUUUAGGUUGAUGAAUGUGGCUAGUCAGGUGUUGUAACAUGCGACAAGAAUCAAAUAAUCGAAGUUUUUCUUGAAUUGUUACAUUUUUGUUAUGUAUGGUUUACGAUCUAAAUCAAAAUAAAUUUUUAGCUAGCACAAGAAAA